GAUACAGUACUCCAGACCAAGGCCAACUUGGCCUUGCUCCAGACACUCAACAAUAAUAACAGUGACGAUAAUAUACCAGGUGGCGGCGAGAACUAAGUUUCGGUUCUGAACCGUAGUUGUGCGAUUGCUGAUUCAGUGUUAUUUGAUUUUUAACACAUUAUGAGUGAAGAUAAAAGGAAAAAUGCGAGAUUGCAAGGGCGAUUUUCAGGUGGAAGUGAAUUUCUAAGUGUUGAAAAGGGGAAAGAUAAGCAGAAAAAGGAGAAAAAAGGGAGACUAAGUCAUCCUGGUGAUGAUGGGACAGAAAAUUCCAAAGUAAAGCAGUGUACAAAUGGUUCAGGAGCCACAGAUAAAGAAAUAUCUGUCCAAUAUCAAGAAAAGUCUAACUACCAUUUUCGAGCUCUUGAGUCUAAGAAGAAAAUUGAAGAACUUAGACCUGGCAUACAUAUAUUAAGUGAAACUGAGAAUGGAAUUUCAAGGAUUAUCUAUGAGCCAGAUUUUUUGCCCCAGGAGAUUGCUGAUGAAUUUUUUGAAAUCUUAUCCUACACUACAACAUGGUCUGAUAAAAAAAUUGUUAUUAAAGGUGAAGAAGUUACACAGCCUAGAUUGGUUGCGUGGUAUGGACCUUUUCCGUAUGCGUAUUCUGGUGCCGUCUUGGAGCCUGCAGAAAUGCCUGUUAAAGUCAAUGAAAUAAGAGAAAGGAUAGAAAGUUUUUUAAAGGCAAAUGGCUGUGAUGUACAGUUUAAUUCUGUACUAUUAAAUCUGUACAGAAAUGAAAAAGAUAGUGUAGCUUGGCACAGUGAUGAUGAACUUACCAUGGGAAUAGAUCCUACAAUUGCAUCCGUGUCACUAGGUGCAGUUAGAAAGUUUGAAAUGCGGUCAAAAAAACAUUUAGCAAAGAAACAAUCUUUGGGUGAUGCUGAUUAUUUUGUAAACUUGGAACAUGGAAGUUUGCUCAUCAUGGAUGGUUCUAUGCAAUUAGAUUGGCAGCAUAGAGUUCCAAAGCACUUCCACAGCAAAGAGCCUCGGAUAAAUCUUACUUUUCGAACUGUUUUCUCAAUUGAUGAGUUAACUCCUCAGCAGUUCAAAAUGUCGGGAAGAUCCAAGAACAUAAAUCUGCAGACUUUUGAAAAGAAAAACUCGAUGAAUAAGAAGCCGACUUGUAUUCAGGCAACUUGUAUUGAUACUGAAGACGCUGAAGAUGAAAAGCGAAAUUUUAUUAAUAAUUCAAUGGAAACUUCAAGAAAGGUUGAAGAUUUGAUCAAUGAUCGUUCCAAUUUAUCUGAGACAUGGGAUUCUGAAAAAAGUUCAAACUGUCAUGAAUUUUCACAGGUUGAAAAUGUUGAUCAAGGAAUACAAAAAGAUAUUUUUUUGCAGUCUGAUAGUUUUAAUGAGAGAAAAUUAGAUGAGGAGAAUGAGAAUUAUGAUACAGGAGGAAUUUCAUAUUUUUCUGGUGGCUCAGAAAUGUUAGACGAUGGGAUUAGGGAUAAUAAGCAAGAUUUUGAAGCAACCAAUACGUAUAUUGAAGAAAGUAAAAAAUCUGAUCUUAAUGCAAAUGCUGCAGAUUUUAUUGAUAAUACAACCAAUAUUGAAAGGAAAAAAUAUCUUAAUAUAGAUGCUCCAGCUUUUAUUCCAAGUAUGUGGCCAGCUGUUUCUUUUGAUGGUAAAUCUCUUAUGGAACUAGUUGAACUUUCAUCUUCUGAGUCUGAUAUAGAACUACUGACUGCUAUUUUGAAUAAAAGUUUUGAAAAGUUUGAUACAAAUCUCUUCAAUAAUCGGGACAAAGAGGAAAUAGAUUUUUUGAGAAGCAUAAGUAAUUCAUCUCAGUCAGAAGAAAAUCAGUACCUCAUUUUGAAAAGGCUGUGUCGUUUAAUCAGAAGAGCUCAUGACAGGCCUAAUAUGUACUCAAAUGUACAAAAUAGAUACCGUUCAAACAGUGGAUAUCAGUCUGGUCAAAAUACAAAAGUUUAUUCUGCAAAGGUUUAUGAUAGACCACCAAGACACAGAAGAAGUGAAAAAUAAUUUUGUAUUAAAAAAUGAAAUGCAGUAUUAUAUAUUGUGUAAUUUUCAAGUGUUUUUAUGAAAAAAAUAUGGUCUUAAAUUACAAGUUUUAUAGCCUCUAUAAAUAU